AUGGAUGUCGACACGUGCAUAGACAACUACGUGGAGAUGGCCCCUAGAAUUGUCCCCAAGCAGCAGGUAGUCGUCGCGACCAACAAGACAAAGCCGCCGUUGAGACUCGAUGGAGUCAGCGGUGACGAGGACUUUCAUGCUAUUGUUGAGGAUCGGCAUGCCACACUUGAGGAUCCUGCAACUCCACUCGCUGACAAAGAGUAUUACCUGAUGCAGACGAUUGUAGAAGAAAGACUAUCAGGACCGGGCGACAAUGAGACCUUGCAAGCAAUAUCAGAUUUGGCUCGAUUCUACAAGAAAUUGGGAUUAUACUUCAAGGCCGGAAUGUCAUACGAGCAUGCCGUGGACUGUUACAAGAAGUCUGAGCGACUUACUGAGCAAAUAGAACUCAACUUCCUUGAAGACGACCUGUCGUGGGCCGCAUGGUACGGUGCCGAGGAAGUAGUCGGAACUCUGGUCCGGGUAGGUGCCAAGAUCGACAGAACGGAUGCAGCGGGCUAUACGGCCCUACACAGGGCGGCCAGGAAAAACAAUGGCGAAAUAGUCCGUCACCUGUUGAAGGCGAAUGCAACCACGGAGAUCCGUAGCCUUGCUGGCUCUACAGCGUUGCAUGGGGUAUUCCUCUGGAAAAAUAGCACAUUAUCCAGGGAACAUCAGCUGCAAACCUCCCGAGUUGUGCGCAUGCUGAUGGAAGGGGAAGCCAAUGUUGACACUACAGCCAACGACGGACAAUCGGUACUCUGGACGGCGGCUCAGACAGGAUCAACAACACAUGUGCAAAUCCUGCUUGACAAUGGGGUAUUCCCAACCCGGCAUGUUAUAAUACAAAUCGUGUUUGCGUUCUUUAUUGACAUCGAUACGCAUGAAGAUCCGAAGACCUGUGCCGAGCGAGAUUUGGCUCUACAAGCUGUUAUAUGCGCCGAUCUCGACACAGGGAAUGAGCUACUGCUAGGACCGUUGUGUGAGCGUGGGAUAGACAUCCAUCAAUCGACGUAUGCCAUAUCUUCUCAUGCGACAUUACUACACAAUGCUGCCUACAUGAGACACUUGGAGGUGCUUGAGUUUCUGAUCGCAUCGGAGGCGGAUGCCAAUAGACUCGACGAUUUCGGAAACAGCCCGCUUUCACUUGCUGCCGGCUCUGGGUAUGAGGACGUCGUUGCGGUAUUGCUUCCGAUCAUCAAAGACAUCAACGCUCAAAAAGUUGAAGGAUAUACUGCUUUGCUUGUCGCAGUCUCUGGUCGUUAUGAUCGAAUAGUCGAUGUGCUUCUGGACGCUGGACCGCAUAUUGCCUCUCAAGAGCCGGGCCUGCAUUCCCAUCUUAUUCCUGAAAGUGAAAGGAUCUCUGGGUAUGCAUUGAACGCCAUUUUGAUCCUUUGUCUGGACGAAGGGCCAAUAAGACCUUCCAGUCAUGAAAUCGACAUCCUCAAGCUAUCACUAAGAGUGGUAAUCAAAGAAAGUCCGCAAUCUGGGCCUAAUGUAGCCACUGCAUCCGCAGAACCCCAUUCUGAUCCACAACUUACCGGGGCUUCCCUUCAAGCGGUAUCUGACAGUGUUUCAUCGGGUCGCCACAGUAUCAUAACCUGUAAAGACGCUAAGGAGAUACGAGGCGAGGAGAAUUGGGAACGAUUGAAAGCAUGGGUCCUUGCUCGGGCUACGUCUGCGGCCUAG